ACUAAACUCCCCAAGGCCCCUCAGUGACUUAAUAGGACUCUUGAGCUCUUUUACAAGUGUUGUUCUUGGUGGAGAUUAAACUUUCUAGGUUGCUGAGUUUGGAAAAGGAAAGAAAAGAGUGCAAUCUUUGUAUCGCUGCUAUGACAUCAUCAGUUACUUUCCGGGUGUCGCCUUAUUCGGUGUUGAAUUCGCAAUUCAGGCCUCGGUGUAUAGUGCAAGCUAGCAGUUCGGUUGGUGGAGAUUCAACAGUCUCAUCAUCUCCUGAAUUGGUUGCGUUGAAUGGAGCUCCUCCUAUUGAGGAGAGAGAGCAAAUUGGUCCUUCGACUGGGGUAAAUGGAUAUGUAGUUUCGAAGAUUGAUGUGGUAGAGAAGAAGAAGAAGGUGGAAAAGCAGCAAAAAGUACCGGUGUUGGAAAGCUUGAAGGUGUUGUGGGAUGAUGCGUAUGGAACAAAGAGUGUGAAUGACUAUCUUGACUGCGCAAGGGAUAUGAUCAGGCCGGACGGAGGUCCACCACGUUGGUUUUGCCCUGUUGAGUGUGGACAUCCUUUGAAUGAUUCUCCAGUUCUUCUUUUUUUGCCAGGAAUUGAUGGCACUGGAUGGGGCCUCGUCUUUCACCAUAAAGCUCUGGGAAGGGCUUUUGAAGUUCGAUGCUUGCAUAUCCCUGUUUAUGAUCUGACUCCAUUUGAAGGUCUGGUAAAAUUCGUUGAGAAAACCGUUAAAGCAGAGUACGCCUCAUCUCCCCAUAAGCCUAUUUAUCUUGUUGGGGAUUCCUUUGGAGGAUGCCUUGCACUUGCUGUGGCAGCUCAUAAUCCUUCCAUCGACUUGGUAGUUUUAUUAGUGAAUCCAGCUACAUCAAUUGGCCGUUCACAGCUGCAGUCACUGUUCCCGUUAUUGGAAGCUAUGUCUGACAAUCUCCAUUUCACGCUCCCCUAUCUUAUAAGCUUUUUUGUGGGUGACCCAGUAAAGAUUGCAACAGCCAAUAUUGAUAAUAUGCUUCCCCCGAGAGGGGCACUUGAACAGUUGUCUGUCAACCUCACUUCUUUGCUGCCUCGUCUCUCAGGUGUGGCUGAUAUAAUAACCAAGGAAACUCUUCUUUGGAAACUGAAGUUACUUAAAUCAGCUGCCUCUUACGCUAAUUCUCGUCUUCAUGCUGUCAAAGCCGAAGUGCUUCUACUUGCCAGUGGCAAAGAUAACAUGCUUCCUAGUCGGGAUGAAGCUCAAAGGCUUAUGAAAUCAUUGAAGAACUGCAGAGGUCGUUACUUCAAAGAUAAUGGACAUAUACUUCUAAUGGAAGAUGGUAUUAGCUUGCUGAGCGUCAUCAAAGGUACCCACACGUACCGUCGAACGAAGAGGCAUGAUUACGUCUUGGAUUUCCUGCCUCCUAGCAUGUCAGAAUACAAACUAGUUUUCAAUCAAGUAAUGGGAGUGUUUCGCAAUGCAUCUGGUUCGGUACUAUUCUCAACAUUGAAAGAUGGGAAGAUAGUGAGAGGCCUUUCGGGGGUUCCUUCUGAAGGACCGGUGUUGUUGGUCGGUAAUCACAUGUUGAUGGGACUCGAGGUUUUUUCGCUUGUUGAAGAAUUCUUGAGAGAGAAGAAUGUUGCUGUGCGCGGGGUGGCUCACCCAAUGUUGUUCUCUAGUAGAACGGAAAAUCUAUCUUCUGAAUUUGGUCUCAUUGAUUGGAUGAAAGCAUUCGGAGCAGUUCCUGUGUCGGGAAGCAACCUCUUCAAAUUGUUUUCGACCAAAUCUCACGUUCUACUUUAUCCAGGUGGUGCACGCGAGGCUCUUCAUCGUAAGGGUGAAGAAUACAAGUUAUUCUGGCCAGAACAACCAGAAUUUGUUAGAAUGGCUGCACGGUUUGGUGCCACAAUUAUACCAUUUGGAGCCGUGGGAGAGGAUGAUUUCGCAGAAUUGGUACUUGAUUAUGAUGAUUUCAUGAAGAUUCCAAUUGUCAAUGACUACAUCAGAAACAUGAAUCGACAAGCUCCACGAGUGAGGGAGGGUAAGAGCGGAGAGGUUGCAAAUGAACAAGGUUUUCUUCCAGGGAUUUUGCCAAGGAUACCUGGCCGCUUGUACUAUCUGUUUGGGAAGCCCAUAGAGACAAGGGGGAGAUAUGACAUAUUAAAGGACAGAGAAAACGCAAACGAGUUGUACUUGAAAGUAAAAUCAAGUGUCGAAAGCUGCAUCACUUAUUUGCUCAAGAAGCGAGAGGAGGACCCUUAUCGAAGUAUAUUUGAUAGAGUCACGCAUAGAGCGUCAAAUUCUCCUUUACAUAAAAUUCCAACAUUUGAGCCUUGAUAAUUUGUGAUGAUUGCGGAAACUAUUUCUACCUUAUGUAUUUCAUUUUAGAGUGACCGGCUUUUGUCUCAGCCGAACAUAAAUAUUUGUAAGUACAUUUGAAUAUAUUUAUUUUUUAGUGAAAAUGCAAUAUAUUUUGUCGAGAUUUA